AUGUCCAAACAAUCACCACCUAACGUCACUCACUCACUCGAUGAGGAGCUGGUAGAGCAAGGAGAAGAGAAUGAAAUCCCAUGCAUGCACAUAUACAGAUGCACUGGAAACAACAAUCCUCCGAUAACAAUCAACGUUGAAAUUGAAGGGUCACCAGUCAGCAUGGAACUUGACACUGGAUCAUCAGUAUCUAUAAUACCCAACAACGUCUAUGAGAAAAUCUGCAGGCACAUAAAGUUGAAGAAAACCGUCGUCAAACUCCGAACGUAUGACAAUGGACUGAUAACUCCUAAAGGAGUGAUUGACGCAGAGGUCACGUACAACGGCGAACACCGCAUUGCACAGAUGUACGUGGUAGAUGGACCCCGAGUUGCUCUCUUCGGACGCUCCUGGCUCAACAUCUUCAAACUUGACUGGCCGUCCAUUAAACUAGUGCAAGCCAAGAAUACGCCACUUGAAAACCUACUCGAGAAGUACCGUAACGAUGUAUUCGGCGACAAAUUGGGCUGUUUAAAGGGAUUCCAAGCCCAAUUGCAUGUACGCGAUGGAGCCACACCAAUCCACCUGAAACACCGUACAGUUGCUUUUUCAGUGCGACCAAAGAUUGAGGCAGAAUUAGACGAAUUGGAGAAGCAAGGAAUCAUAUCCCCUAUCUCUAACAGCGAGUGGGCAACCCCAGUUGUUCCGGUUAUCAAGACAUCUGGAAGCGUACGUCUAUGCGGCGACUAUAAGGUCACAGUAAAUCCAGAACUUGUAGCCGAUACAUACCCGCUCCCUACGUUGGAUGACCUCCAAGAAAAGAUGAAUGGCGGAGUUUUAUUCUCAAAACUGGAUUUAGCCAAGGCGUAUUCCCAGAUCCCAGUACACGAGUCCUCCAGGCAAUACACCACCCUCACGACACACAAAGGACUCUAUGCCUACAACCGACUGCCAUUCGGCGUAUCUUCCUCAGCAGCCAUUUUUCAAAGACAGAUGGACCGCAUCUUCAAGGAUCUUCCACACGUUCUAUGCUACCAAGACGACAUCCUAAUCACCGGGAAAGACCACGAUCAGCACUUAGCGACCCUCACAGCAGUAUUAAACCGAUUGCAGGAAAAUGGACUUACAGUAAAGAGGGAGAAGUGUGAGUUCAUGAAGCCUUCGCUGCAGUACCUCGGUCACAUGAUUGAUAAAGAUGGCAUUCACCCAGUACACGAUAAGGUAGAGGCAAUCAAGACUGCCCCACCRCCCAACGACGUGUCGCAACUUCGCGCUUUCCUAGGUCUCGUUAACUAUUAUCAAAAGUUCCUGCCGAACUUAUCACACGUGUUGCAUCCACUACACCAACUACUCCAAAAGGAAAUCCAGUGGUCUUGGACAGGAAAAUGUCAAGCAGCUUUCGACCAGGUUAAAUCUAUGAUAACGGUGCAGAGUGUGCUUGUACCGUACGACCCCAAGAUGCCYGUAAUUCUUGACUGUGAUGCGUCUGCAUAUGGCCUCGGCGCGGUGUUGUCUCACCGUCUGGUCGAUGGAUCAGAGCACCCUAUCGCUUUCGCCUCAAGGACACUAAGUAAGAGCGAACGYAAYUAUGCUCAGAUUGAUAAAGAAGCGUUAUCGAUAAUAUUUGGAAUAACGCGUUUCCACGUUUACCUGUACGGGAGGCAUUUUACACUGCGUACAGAUCACCAGCCACUCCUCGCUAYACUUGGUCCCAAAAAAGGAAUUCCAUCGAUUGCCGCCAUGAGAAUGCAACGAUGGGCUACAAAGCUGUCUGCUUACUCCUAUGAUAUACAGUACCGAGCUUCGAACGAACAUUCCAAUGCGGAUGGGUUGUCACGACUUCCUCAAMCCAACAAGUCAUCAGGGCGCACUGUCGAUUUCGCAGAUGUGUAUCAAAUGGAACAAUUGGAGCCACUGCCCGUCACGGCGGAAGACAUUCGGCAACACACGCUCUCAGAUCCAUUCCUACAGAGUAUCUACAGCCACAUCUCACACGGUUUCCCGCGCAAAGUGGACGACAGCAUAAAGCCAUAUAUGAUUUGCGCUCCUGAACUCUCAUUAACAGAUGGUUGCAUAAUGCGCGGCCAACGUGUCGUAGUCCCCGCAGCCCUCAGACAGCAAGUCCUCAAGGAACUUCAUGAAGGGCAUCUAGGAAUCGUACGUAUGAAAGAAAUAGCACGGAGCCACAUAUGGUGGCCCGGGAUCGAUAAGGACAUCGAGAGUCUGGCCAAGAGCUGUGAGCCCUGUAACACCACACGCAAUGCGCCCCCGGUUCAGUAUCACCCAUGGAUCUACCCUCAAGCACCGUGGGAGAGAGUACAUAUUGACUUUGCAGGACCAAUUGAUAACAUGAACUUUCUAGUAAUCACAGACGCAUACUCSAAAUGGAUCGAGAUUACACCCAUGCGCACAAUUACCACAGCUGCGACAAUCAACGUGCUCCGUGAUCAUUUCGCACGAUUUGGUCUGCCAGUUCAUUUGGUGAGUGAUAAUGGUCCUCAGCUGACCUCGGCAGAAUUCUCGAAUUUCRCCCAACGCAAUGGCAUAAGACACACUACUACAGCGCCCUAUCACCCAAGGAGCAAUGGACAAGCGGAAAGGUCCGUGGAAACUUUCAAGCUGGCGUACAAAACGGGACAAGGACCACCUUCCCAACGUAUAGCUAACUUCCUUCUGCAAUACCGUAAUACAUCGCAUUCAACUACCCAUCAGUCUCCGGCCAAGCUGAUGUUCGGCAGAAAUCUGCGCACUAGGAUGGAUUUGCUCUUGCCAUACAAUCCAAGACCCCAACACCCGAUGCCCACUGUCUUCGAGCCAUCUCGCUCCUUCCAAGAAAAGCAAAUGGUAUGGUACAGAGAUUUUACCUCAUCAGCAAAUAAAUGGGCUAAAGGCCAAGUAAUCUCCAGACUCGGCGGCGCAAUGUAUAAGGUACAACCGGACUCUCAUCCAACCCAGACAGUACGACGUCAUAUAGAUCAAUUAACGCCUUGCACCACGAAUUUACAAGAGACCGGAAGGUCUGCCGAAGAUUCAUCCCCCAUUCAACGUCCCUCAGACAUUCCCAGUCAAAGAGAGGAAGAGAUGCGUUUGCAAGACUACCAGCUACCUAAAACACCACCUGGAUCCAUGUUCUCUACUGAGGUUACACAGAGAAACAGUCCGUCAACAGAACCACGUCUACCUAACCAUGAAGCAGACCCGCCAGAAAUGUUACGAAGAUCGGAAAGGACAACCAAGGGUGUACCACCUGAUAGACUCAGUCUAUAA